CGCCGCUGCGGGUCGGGUCCAUUUCCGAGCGGUAGCUUUAGCCUGGCUCCGCUUAAAUGAUUCUCAACAUCAACAUUUAGAAAUUCAUCCGUUAAACACACCUAAGCGAGAGUCAUGUCGGCUCAGAAGCGCCCCAGUGAGUCUGGGGGUUCAGGCCCUGCGGAGAAGCGCCGUGAGAGGGAUGGAGGAGAAGAGGGAGAGGGGCAGAGCACCGGGGCAGCCGCCAGCACUGCUGUGGAGACUGUCAUCAAACUGGGAGGCAUCGCUAACUCGGAAGAGCAGGAUAUUAAAGCACUGCAGGUGAAAAACAGAAAGCUAGGAGAGGCCCUGGACCAAAGACAGGUUAUUGAGGAUGAGUUGAGAGAAAGAGUGGAAAGGCUUGAGACUCGCCAGGCUACAGAUGAUGCUAGUCUACUUAUCCUCAACAGAUACUGGAACCAGCUCGAUGAGAAUAUGCAGUUGAUGGCUCGCCGUUAUGACCAAUCAGGGAGUGAGCCUGUCGACAGCCAGCCUGCGGAGGGGCGCAGCCUGAAGCCUGGAACACCAGAGCCAGAUGGAGAUUCCAAUCAGGAGAGAGCGAAGGACCGAGGUCAACAGGGGGAAGGGGCAAGCUCAUUCCUUGCCAUUUUGGCCAGUAGCAGCAGUGAAGAAAUGGAAGCAGAGCUGCAGGAGAGGGUGGAGUCCAGUCGUAAGCAAGCCAGUCGUGUGGUGGAAAUUUACGAGAGCUUGAAGAGCACUGUAGAUCAACUGAAGAAGGACUUGGAGUCUGGAACAGAUGGAAACACGGCUCUCUGGGAAGCUGCUGCCCGCCUCAACACUCUGCUGGCUAAUGAAAAUGAACAUCUUCGUCAGCUGACUGAUGACCUCAUGCAAAAAUAUACUCACAUGACCAACGAGUCUCGUUCCCUGGGCCGUGCCGCUACUCGUGCCGAUAACAGAAUCAGUGAGCUGCAGGUGCUGAUAGAGGAGCUUCAGUGGGACACAGAAAAGGUCCGCCGACGGGAAAACCGUCUCAACACACACCUGGGAGAGGUGCUGGAGAGGGUAAACAGUAAAGGCUAUAAAGUGUGUGGCGAAGCUAGCAGUGUGUGUGGGACCAUCACUAUUAACAAGAGAAAGUUUGAGGAGAUGAACAGCGAGCUGGAGGAGAACAGGGAGCUAGCGGAGAACCGACUCAGUGAGCUGCAGAAACUGCAGCAGGACCUCCAGACAGUUGUCCAGGAGAACAAUAACAUGAAGAUGGAGCUCCUGUGCAGGGCUGAGGGACUUGUGAGGGAAACAGCGGAAUAUCGAUGUUUGCAGUCACAGUUCUCCGUACUUUAUAAUGAAUCUUUGGUGCUGAAGGCCCAGCUAGACGAGACCAGAGCUCGCCUCAACACCACCAGAGCAGCCCGCCUCCGCCAGCUUGACCACAUGGAGAAUGAUGAGGUGUCGCUGCAGCGUAAGGUUCGUACUGAGGUCAUUCAACUGGAAGACACACUGGCUCAGGUGCGGAAAGAGUACGAGAUGCUGAGGAUCGAGUUUGAGCAAACACUCGCCGCCAAUGAGCAAGCAGGUCCAAUAAAUCGGGAGAUGCGUCACCUUAUCAGCACGCUGCAGACCCACAACCAGCAGAUGAAGGGCGAGGUGGUCAAAUACAAACUCAGAUUAAGAGAGGCCCAGCAAGAACUCAACCAGCUCCGUGCUGCGAAGGGCAACCCUGCUGUCCAGUCACAGUCGAGCACGGAGAUGGAUAUAAAAGAAGAGACUGCCUCCCCUUUACCACCUGCCACCUCUGGUAAUGUCAUAGUGAAAGCAGAGCCAGAUAAUGGUUCGGCCACGCCCACAGGUACUGCAGUCUCAGUGAAGACAGAACCUGGAACUGAACCAGAAGUAACAGUGAAAGAAGAGGAGAAAGAGAAGGAGAAGGAAAAGGAGGAGAAGAAAGAAAAAGAACAGAAAGAAAGAGAGAGGGCACCUCGUGGGAGUGGUGCGAGUGGAGCAGUCAAAGAGGAGAAGGAGAAGCCAGGCACUAGCUGUAGUCAGUCAGAAGACUCUCCAGCUGAACGCUGCACAGUCAUUGGAGGACCCAAGCGGAAGGAAGUGGAGCAACUGAAGAUUGUCAGGGCGGAGCUGAAGAAAGCCCAGGAGUCUCAGAGGGAGAUGAAGCUCUUGCUGGACAUGUAUCGCUCUGCGCCAAAAGAGCAGAGGGACAAAGUGCAACUCAUGGCUGCGGAGAAAAAGGCCAAGGCUGAGGCAGAGGAGCUGCGCCAGCGAUUGCGAGAUUUGGAGGAGAGAGAAAGGAGGGAAGGGAAGAAGAUGGCGGAUGAGGAGGCUCUGAGGAAGAUCCGCUCAGUAGAGGAACAGAUUGACAUCCUCAACAAGAAGCUCUCCCUCGCCAAGCAGGAGGAGGACGCCCUGCUGAGUGAAAUGGACGUCACCGGGCAGGCCUUUGAGGACAUGCAGGAGCAGAACAUUCGCCUGAUGCAGCAGCUCAGAGAGAAGGAUGAUGCCAACUUCAAGCUGAUGAGCGAACGCAUCAAAUCCAACCAGAUUCAUAAGCUACUGAAAGAAGAGAAAGAGGAACUGGCGGACCAACUUCUCACGCUCAAAACCCAGGUGGAUGCUCAGCUUCAGGUUGUGAGGAAGCUGGAGGAGAAAGAGCGCCUCCUGCAGGGCACGAUAAGUGCUGCAGAGAGAGAGCUGGCCCUGCGCACGCAGGCCCUUGACAUGAACAAACGCAAGGCACAGGAGUCUGCUUUGCUGUCGGAAGAGGUACGGUCUCAGCUGGAGGCAGUGCAACAGAGGCUCACUGCAGUCAGAGAAGAGGUCAUCGAAAACAGCAUCUCCAGAGAAAAAGAGUCCUUCAAUGCCCGUCGUGCACAGGAGGACAUCUCCAAACUGCGCCGGAAAAUCGAGAAGGCCAAGAAACCUGCUGAGAACAUUCGCAAUGGAGAUGAAAUACUUAAUCAGGAAAUAAUUGAAUACAAGGCUCGUUUGACGUGUCCAUGCUGCAACUCGCGCAUGAAGGACGCCGUAUUAACGAAGUGCUUCCACGUCUUCUGCUUCGAAUGUGUGAAGACGCGCUACGACACUCGCCAGAGGAAAUGUCCCAAGUGCAACGCGGCCUUCGGCGCCAACGACUUCCACCGAAUCUACAUCGGAUAAGCCGACGAUCCACCACAUCCACAGCUUACUGGUCCACUGCGCCACCAUCGUUUCUGCCUGACUGGAGUGGUGCCACUUAGAUGUAGAUGGAUUUGCUGUGCAGCGUGGUUCUUGACCAGCCACAAACAUCAUCAGCUGAAACUCUACAUUCCAUCACGUUUCCAGGUUAUGAAGCAAGUUAGCCAUUUAGGGUUCAAGGAGGGGAUUUGGCCUGGUUGCUCAGGCCUGUCUCAGCUGUCCGUCUGCCAGAAACUGCUGCUUGUAUUCGAGGGAGCGUAUCAGUUGGAUUCCUUCAGGCUGGAACUGCUCCAACUUGCUCUUGCUCUCCAUUCCAACCCAUUUGCAACCGGUUUUGCUUCAUAGCCCUCAGUGGAGCAGGGGCUUGGCAUCAACGUUAUUAGUGAUAGUCCUGAAGAACUGCCUGAAAGACUGCUGAGUGAUUCAUUUGAAGUCUCUUAGACACUUUUUUUUUGUACUUUUACUUUUAUUUUCAAAACUGCCUAGUUAAGUAUGAUGGUUAAAGUAAUUGCUGUGUUGCAAUUCAUUAAAAGUGCUGUCAAACUGUG